AAUUGAUCUUCAUUCCAUAAACAUAACAUAACAUUGCCCCCUUUCUCCCCCAUUGUUAGGGUUUUUCAUAACAUCACUACUCUAUCUCAAUCAUAUCAAUCAAACUCAAUGGAUCUAGCAAAGAAACGAAAGCUCGAAGAAAACGGCAAUAUAUCAUCCAUAGACACCGCUGAUUCCAUUUCUAAACUUACCCAACAAGACGCCCGCAAAAUGAUCGAAAGAUUCUCACAAGAUCAGCUCAUUGACAUCCUCCAAGCCGCCAUUACCCGCCACCCAGAUGUCCUCGACGCCGUACGAACCGUCGCAGAUUCCGACCCAACUCAGCGUAAGCUCUUUAUCCGAGGUCUCGGCUGGGAAACCUCCACGGAAAAUUUAAGAAAUCUGUUUUCUUCUUAUGGGGAAUUAGAAGAAGCUGUUGUGAUUCUUGAUAAGAAUACAGGAAAAUCUAAAGGGUAUGGUUUUGUUAUAUAUAAACAUGUUGAUGGUGCUAUAUUGGCUUUGAAGGAGCCCAGUAAGAAAAUCGAUGGCCGCGUGACUGUGACUCAGUUAGCUGCGGCUGGGAACUCGGGUGGGGGGAAUAGUAAUAGUAAUAGUGGUGGUGGCGGUGGCGGUGGUAAUGAUGUGGCGAUGAGGAAGAUUUAUGUGGCGAAUGUUCCUUAUGAAAUGCCCGCGGAUAGGUUGCUGGCGCAAUUUGCGCAGUAUGGCGAAAUUGAGGAGGGGCCGUUGGGAUUUGAUAAGCAGACUGGGAAGUCUAGAGGGUUUGCUUUGUUUGUGUAUAAGACUGCUGAGGGAGCGCAGUCUGCGUUGAGUGAACCAGUGAAGAUGAUUGAGGGUAGACAGUUGAAUUGUAAGUUGGCAAAUGAUGGGAAGAAGGGGAAACCUGGUGGCCCGGGUCAGGCGGAAGGAGGACAGGGACAGGGUGGGAAUGUGCACGGAGAUGGAAUGGGUAUGGGGAUGGGUAUGGCUUCUCAAGGUCCAUAUGGUGGUCCGAGUGGUCCAGGUGGCCUUGGUUCAUAUAGCGGAUAUUCUGGUGGGAUGCAGGUUCCUCCUCAUCAUCCAGGGAUGCCUUCUCAGGCUCCAGGUUCUUUGACCGCUGGUAGUGGUGGAUAUGGUGGUGGUAGUGCUGGACUCGGUGGACCAUAUGGUGGAUAUGGGGGACCAGGGUCUACAGGUUAUGGUGGUUUAGGUGGUGGAACUGGUGUUGGCGGUGGUUCUUGUGUUGGUAAUGCUUCUUCAAUGUACAGAAUGCCACCUAGUUCGGUUGGUAUGCCUUCUGGUGGGUAUCCAGAUGCUGGGCAUUAUAAUGCUUCAUUUCCAGGCCAGCAUCAGGGGACUUCACCAGCACCAAGGGUUCCACCUGGGGGAAUGUACUCAAAUUUGCCUCCAUACUACUGAGGUGUAUGACAGCUUGUUGGGCGCAGAUGCUUGUUGUGGUACUCGUGAUUUCGUGAUUGCAGACUGUAUGAUCUCUGGUUUGAUGAAUGUAUUAGCUUUGCUUUUACGGAUACUUCACUUCAUCUGCACCUUUAGAGUGUGGCUCCCUUCUGAAUUUCUGUUGUUAAAUGACCGAGCUAGCCCAAAAUUUGUACCCAUGCUAUUCUAGUUGAGAUUUUAGUAUUAAUAUAGUUUUAUCAUUUGAGUUAGCAUUAUGCUGUAUCUUAUUGCUUGUGAGUGGUUCUGAUGUUUGUUUUUGCAUUUUCCAGUGAUAAGUUUAAGUAUUUAUAUCCAUUGUUGUUUAUGUCUGCAUGAAAAGCCACUAUCUUGUUGGUGUAUAACUUUGCAUAUGGAACUUUCUGGUGAAAUAGCAGAUAGUUGUAGCUAAAAUUUUGUUUCACUUUUGGUGAGAGUAUAUAUAAUGCACUUAUUGCUAUUUUUGUUCAGAGAUUGUAUGAUCGUGUUUUGCUAGUGUUAUAAAUGAAAUAUAACAUUAAAAAUUAUUUGCAACUACCUGCUGGCUCAAUAUACAUUCACCUAAUUUUGUGCCAAUUUUUUUCUAUGCUCCGGUGCUUAUCUUGUCUGAUUGUCUUCCGAGAAUGUGUUGAGAAAGUAUAUACCAGUUAAAAUCUGUGCUAUGCUUGUUAAGGGGCGGAGGAUGAUGUUAUUUUCACAUGCUUUGUAUAAUAGUCUUCAUCAAUUAGUGCCUGGUGACUUAAUUAUCCAAAAAAAAAAAAAUUAGUGCCUGGUGGCUUUUGUUAUCUACUUUUGCUCUUCUUCCAAGUUUAUUCACAACACUUUUAAUUCUUUUAUGAUGUGAAUGUGUAUAUUCAUAACACUUUUAAUUCUUUAUGAUAUGGAUGUAUAAAAUGAUAUCAUCAAGUGUUUAUUAUGAAAAUUCUUUGCCAAAAAGCAACUUCAUUAGAGAGGGAUACAGGUCUGGUGGAGACUUGAAGUUGGCUGAAUAUGAACAUAUAAUUAAGGAUGCUAAAAUACAAUGUUCCUACUUUUUAGUGCAUGCACAUGUGUCUGGAUAUCGUUGCAUGAUAUCCUUGCUGUAUCAGAGCAACAUGCCAUGACAAUCUUCAUUUUGUUUGGUCAGUGAUGUGUAAAAUUCAUCAUUAUUUGAUAUUUGAAAAAAAGAGAAGGCAUGUUGAUGAGCUGUUGGAGUUGAAACUCUGCAAUCGAGUAUGGCAUGUGUGUGGCUGUCAUAAUUGAACUCUGCAACCAAGUCAUGGUAUUCUAUUUAUUAAAGCUAACAAAAUUGGUUGAUUGACUAUCAUCUUGCUGUUUGUUUGUUUCUCUGUAUUAUAGCUUGACAUGUCAUCUAUUAUUGUUCUUGUCUUUAGAUAUCUACAUCAGUCUGCUUCAUGGUGCGCGGUAACUUGCACAAUUACACUCAAUCUUAUCAAUUAUGGAUGGCUAGGUGGUAGGACCGGGUUGUGUUGUUGGGGAAUGGAUCGUACUCGCACCUUGUUAAAUUUUUCAGUGUCUCAAUAUAAUUUUUUUCUUGGCAAUUGUGUGUGAUUUGUAACCAGUUGUUAACUUGCAUUCUUUCUGCUGGCAAUAUUUCUCUUUUUGGUCUCGCACCUUGUCAAAAUUUUCAGUGUCUCAAUAUAAUUUUUUUCUUGGCAAUUGUGUGAUUUGUAACCAGUUGUUAACUUGCAUUCUUUCUGCUGCCAAUAUUUCUCUUUUUGGUGAUUUGUUGCAAAAGAUUGUUCAAGCCACAAUUAAACUAAUUGCCUCAUCAACUUGCUAAUAUGUAGAAUUUAUUGGAUGCUGCUUGAUCAUUUUUUUCCCUUUGCCAGGCAGCCCUGGUCCAUAUUACUCAGAAACCUUUUUCUCUGUUUUUUCCGGAACUUUCUGCUUUGUCCCAACGGUAUGCACAUUCUUUAAUGCAGCUUGUGUGACUUCAUGUUUUUGGAGAUUUUUGUUUCUUGUCAUUGGAUUCAUCUUCACAGAUUGAUUGUUGAAUGUUGAAUGUUGAGAAUUAUUGAUCCAUAGCUCCUAGCCAAUAGUUAUACUGUACUUUUCCUGGUAAAAUGCACCAAUGCUGAGUGUGAUUUCACUUUAAUAACUUUUUAUAAAGUGGAUCGCUGAACUUUGAAUUUGUGUAGACUGUAUCAUGACACAAAAUUGCUUCGAUUAUAGAGAGAAACUUCACUUGAAACAGAUGUGGCACCAUGCAACGUAUGGACCCUUUCAAGUCGGCUCUCUCACUGGAUUUAGGUUUUAGGUGUGGAUGCUCUUUGACUAUAUAUAUUUAUAAUGAUUUCUAGAUUACCAGGCGAAACCAAAGUGCCGCAAUGAACUACAGUAAAUCUGAACAAAAAUGCAUUUCGGUUUCACUUUGGUGUUUUGGCUAUCUUAAUGUAUGUGAAGACCUUUGGAUUGCGCUGUUGCUAGUGUUGUGAUAGCUUGGUCAAAUUACAUGAAAUUGGUGUUGCUCGAAGAUGUAUGACUUGAUUGACAAACUUAGUCUUUCUUGAUGUUGUCUAUCCUUUAAGGUUGUGCAAAGGUGGAACCAAAUUGAGUAACCAAAUCCAACUGACAAACUUGGUUCCAUUUGAUUUAAACCGAAUACACACACCCCUAUCUUUCAUCUCUGUGUGUACGUAUGUUGAAUGACAUGUUGAGAAGUAUCGCUAGCUAUGGUUGUACUCGCGUAGGAGUGCAGAUAGAAUUUCGGAUUUGUUAUUUUCUAUAGGAUGGUGGUAAAUUGAUGAUGUUGAAUGGAUUAAUUCAGAGUUGAUGUGCUAACAAAUCGACAUCCAUUUAAACUCAUGCGAGGAACAUGAGAUGACAGGGAAAGAGACUGUAGGCUGUGUGCAUCAAAGUUGAUCGGAAGCAAGGGAUUUCGGUCCUUACCGGUAGGUGAUGAGAGCCGUUGAAAAGAAGCUUGUAUAUCUAUUUGUACUUAUUACUGCCUCUGUUAUGGAGUUUCCUUAUCAUGUGAAGGUGCUGCUGUCUCAUCGUUUUACUUGAAUGGGAUUUUGAACUGAGUAAAAUCUUAAAAGUACUUGGGAGUUCAGAUUUA